ACCUAUUAUUUCAGAAGCAUACAAAAACAUCCAACUGUAACAUUAUCACCCUCUCUUCCACUCAAUCAGAUUUGCACAUGAUCGAGCCUCACAAUUUGCCUUUAAAUUGGUCCACACCCCCAUUGUCCUUCCCCAUUGUGAUUCAUUAGCACAUUUGCAAAGUGUUAUUUUUCUUUUUUUCUCAUUUGCACUGCAAAUUGCAAUGGCUUCCAACAAGGUUAUUGCCACCAUCAUGGUGCUUUCUCUCCUUGCCUACUCAACAUCAUUCACCAAUGCAUGUGGCACAUGCCACCCAAAACCUACCCCUUCUCCUCCUCCUCCAUCAGGAAAGUGCCCUAAGGACACAUUGAAGCUAGGGGUGUGUGCAGAUAUUCUAGGUCUUGUUACUGUUGUUGUUGGCUCCCCUGUCUCCAGCAAGUGUUGUGCAUUGCUUGAAGGUUUGGCUGAUUUGGAGGCUGCACUUUGCCUUUGCACUGCUAUUAAGGCCAAUGUUCUUGGAAUCAACUUGAAUGUGCCUAUCACACUCAGUGUGCUACUCAGUGCUUGCCAAAAAACUGUUCCUUCUGGUUUCCAAUGUGCAUAGGCUUCCAUCAUGUUAGGUUCAUUCCAUCACUUGUGUCCUCAAAUUAUUUUGUUUUAGUUCUUCUUUGUUCUAUGUGUGACAUGUUUCAUUUUAAUAAUAAGGUAAACAUAUGUUUGCCUUAGUUAGUAGUAACAUUUUCUCUUUUCUAGUAAAUUUGGGGAACUUAGAUUAUUAUUAUUGUGAUUUUUACUUUUGGGGUAUAUUGGAGGUGGAAGGAGUUGAGUAGAGAAAGAGAGUAAGUUCCUUAGGGGAUGAUUAAACCUCUGAUAUCACAGUUAAACCAAACCUUAAAGACCAAAGUUAGUCGACAAAAUUGUAUGCAGAAUUUAAUGUACUUUACAAUCAAGUGUGUGUAUUAUCAAUUUAUGUUAAGCAUUGUCUAUUAUUUUUUUUA